AUGCCUGCACCGAAUGCGAUUGCACGGGAACUACUGUCGAUUGCGCUGGUCACGCUCUCCCGACCAUUCCAACCGGAAUCCCAGGAUCUGCGAGGCAACGAGAUCAGUAGCAUCUCUGCAUCUUCAUUCACGGGCCUGACUGCGCUGACUACAUUAUAUUUGCAUACCAACCAGCUCGCCAGCAUUCCCGCAAACUCAUUCACCGGCCUGACUGCGCUGCAAUUCAUAUCUCUCUCCACCAACCCGCUGACCAGUAUUGCCGCAAACGCCUUCUCAGGGCUGAGCGCGCUGACACAAAUGAAUUUGGACAGCAACCAGAUCACCAGCAUUUCCGCAAACACAUUCACAGGCCUGACUGCGCUGACUACCCUAUAUUUAUCUUACAACCAGAUCACUAGCAUUUCUGCAAACGCAUUCACAGGCCUGACUGCAUUGACCCGAUUGGCUUUGAAUUUCAAUCCUGUCACCACUUUGCCGCCUGGUCUGUUCAAGGGAUUGCAAAAUGGCCUGUAUUUGUCUGAUGUGAACCAAUACCUGAGCCCCAACAACUUUACCUUUGGUAGCAAUACUGUCGCUCCGCCUAGCACCUACGGCAGUGCAGACACUCCAUACACCUGUGCCACCUGCCAUGCCGCUGGGAACAGUUCGUGUUGCGGAAUCAAUUGUCUGGCGUGCAGUUCAUCCGCUGUGUGCACUCAGUGCUAUGAGGGUUACGGCUUGACGGGUGGAUCAUGUGCUCCGCUUGCUUGUGGCACUGGCGGCGUGUGCACAUGCACGGGAACUCUAGUCGAUUGCAGUGGCAAAUCCCUCAAUGCCAUUCCAAGCGGAAUCCCAGUCGACACAACAGAGCUGUACCUGCAGAGCAACCUGAUCUCCAGCAUUCCUGCCAACGCAUUUACAGGCCUGUCUGCAUUGCUUUACCUGGAUAUUAGCGCAAACGAGCUCACCAGCAUUCCCGUCAACGCGCUCACAGAGCUCACUGGGCUGAAUGUCAUGUGGCUUGGCAGCAAUCGGCUCACCAACAUUUCUGCAACCGAUUUCACAGGCCUGCCUUUUCUGACGGGAUUAUAUCUAGACAGCAAUUUGUUCACUAGCAUUCCGACCGACGCAUUCACAGGCCUGACCAAGCUGAAUUCAUUCUCUCUUUCGGGCAACCACAUCUCCAACAUUCCUGCCAACGCAUUUGCAGGCCUGCCUCUUCUGACAGGAUUGUACCUAGACCACAACCUAUUCACCAGCAUUCCGACCGACGCAUUCACAGGCCUGACCAAGCUGAAUUCAUUGGAUCUAGCCAGCAACAGACUCGCCAGUAUUGCUACAAACACCUUCACUGGUCUGACUGCGCUGACGAGAUUGGUUUUGAAUGACAACCCCCUCACAACUCUGCCGCCCGGUCUGUUUCAGGGCCUGCAAAAUGGCUUGUGGUUGUCGGUUUCGUUCCCGUAUCUGGCCCCCAACAACUUUACCUUUGAUGGACACACUGUCGCUCCGCCCAGCACGUACGGCAGUGCGUCCCAGCCGUACCUUUGCGCCACCUGCUUUGCCUUUGGGAACAGCUCGUGUUGCGAGGUCAAUUGCCUGUCCUGCACUUCAUCUUCUGUGUGCACUCAGUGCUACGAAGGAUAUGGCAUCCUGAGUGGAUCGUGCUUUCCGCUCGCUUCGAUCGCUUCAGUCGCGUCCCUACAAUCGGCCUCCUCAAUUGCGUCGGUUGUUUCCGCUACCUCAGCGCUCUCCGCUUCUGCUGCUUCAACAGCAUCGGCGUCUGCUGCAUCUGUUGCAUCCUCUAUUGCACAACACGGCGGUGGCGGCUCGCAAGACUCAUCUUCAUCUCCAGCGGCUGCCAUCGCUGCUGCUGUGGUCUGUGCUAAGAAGAACUCUACCGAUCCAAUCUAUCAAGAAGCUGUUGAACUGACCACUACUCCACUUCCCCGUGCGCCCGAGUCUCGCAAAGUGGAGGACGUCCCAGCCUUCGCCACGAAAGUGGAGGGCGUCGCCACGGUCGGCCAAAAGCAGCCGGAGCCUUUGUACGAAGAUUUCUCGUCGCCCUUUACAGAGGAAUUCUACGACAAUGAAAGCCCGUAUGUUGCUGGCAGCAAUUCUCGUCGCGUUCGUGAAGGUUUGACCAUUGUGAAACACCUUGCCAGCGGGAACUUUGGCGAUGUGGCGCUGGGUCAAGUGCCGUUCAGCGUGCUGCCCCCGCGAGCUCAAAACUUGCUUGGGCCUGCAGCAACCGAAACCAUUCAAGUUGCAGUCAAGUCGCUCAAGUCCAAUGCUGACGAGAAAUCCCGCAAGGACUUUGAGAGCGAGGCCAAGUUGAUGGCUCCGUUUGUGCAUCCGAAUGUCGUGCGUCUGCUUGCGGCUCUUGUCGAGUCAGAGCCGCACCUCGUUCUGCUUGAGUUUGUGCAGUACGGCGAUUUGCGCACGCUGCUGCAAAAGUCCAAAAAGCAGUCGUUCGAGUGGACAGAGAACGAGCAGGUGCAUGCCAUUCGCCAGAUUGCACUCGGCAUGGAGUACCUGGGCACGCUCCACUUUGUACACCGCGACCUCGCCGCACGCAACUGUCUCGUGGGGCAGGGAAUGGUGGUCAAGAUUGCCGAUUUCGGGCUUUCUCGCGAGCUGACCGACGAGCAGGAUUAUUAUCGCAUGCAGACUCGUGGCAAGCUUCCUGUGAAGUGGAUGGCGCCGGAAACAAUGACCUUUCGCAAGUUCUCGACCAUGUCCGAUGUUUGGUCGUUUGGCGUAACAGCCUGGGAAUGCUGUAGUUACGGCGCAACGCCGUACGACAAAAUGGAAGGACGUGAAACGCUGGCUCACGUUGAGGCCGGUGGCCGACUGCCCAUGCCGGAGCACUGCACCGCCGACCUCUUCAACCUCAUGCUCAGCUGCUGGAACGCGAAGCCGGAAUUGCGGCCAAGCUUUUCGCAGCUGGUCAAAGCUUUGAACACCUUCGAGGAUGGGACUACGAUUCGCGACUUUGGGGCAAUGCUGUGA